AUGUUCCUGCAGUUUGACAGCCUUUUGCGUCCAUCCGGCAAAUGGAGAUUGAAGUAUGGUCAACAGAUCGGUUUGUGUAGUCGCAAGUUGAAUAUUAAUUGGGAUUGGCCAAGUGUUAGUCAAGGUUUAAGGAGUAAAUUAUGGGAGGACACAAUGGCAAGAUUCCACCUUGAAGAUGAUCCAGUAAUCAAAAAGAAUUUCCUCUCUAGUGUAGCUAAGAGAUUCAGGGACUUCAAGGGAAAGCUAGUGAGUGGCCAUAUUAUUUUUACAAGAAAGUUGAGCAAAAAUGAGGUCAAUCGUCAACCAUAUGAGAUUUGGAAAAACAUCCAACGAGAAGAUUGGGAGACAUUUAAAAAGUCAAAAACAUCUGACAUAGCAGUGCUUAAGCGUCAAAAGGCCCAAAAGAGUGCAAAAUCGAAUGAUAAUCCUCAUCACUUGGGACAAUAUAACUAUGAGGAUGCUCGGAAAAUAUGGAUCCACGAGGGCUUUUACCCAAAUUCUGAACAAAAUCGAGGUGAUGAUUGGUAUUGUUCAAUGCAUAAGAAAGACAAAAAAACAGGAAAAAGAUAUAUCCCAAAGCCCAAAACGAAGGCAAUUGCUGACAAAUAUAUAAGUAAUUCAAUUCUUGUGAUUUUCUAUAUGCGGCCCACGAGAUAAAGUCUAGUUCAUAAUGUGAUACACUGAAUGAUAAUGGAGUUAAAAUCUUGCCACUUAUUAUAUGAACUAGAGCCUGUGAUCGAUACUUUUUUUAAAUCAAUGGUGCUUAUAGUGCUUUCUUUGUUGGUUUGCUUGUGUAUAAGUUUUGAUGCCUAUUCUUUUAUAUAACAACUAUGAACAGCUGGAGAUUAAAGAA